AUCGCCAAUUUGCGCUGAAACGGACUCGAAGCGAAAGGCGGCACGAGCAAGACGCCAAGACUCGCCGGAGCUUGCGGAGAUGGAGGCGUCGCGCUCGCCGGCCGACAGCCCCAGCCCCGAUCGCGACCCGAACCCGAACCCGAACCCGAAUUCCAACUCCAUCGCGUCGUCGUCGCCCGUCUGGCCGACGAUCGACGGCCCGCUGGGCCUGUCGGAGGAGGAUUCCGUCGGCUACGCCCGCCGGUUCUACCGGUUCGGGUUCGCCCUCCUGCCGUGGCUCUGGGCCGUCAACUGCUUCUACUUCUGGCCCGUCCUCUCCCACAAGCGCUCCUUCCCUCAGAUUCGCCGGUAUGUUAUCAGAUCAGCCAUUGGGUUCUCGGUGUUUAGUGCAGUUCUGUGCGCAUGGGCUUUUACAUUCGCAAUCGGAGGAGAGGGUCUCUUCGGCUCUGUGUGGAACCAACUGGUGAUGUACAAUCUUGCAGAUAAAUGGGGUUUGACUGGUUGGGAUUAGUCACCACCUGAUAUGAUGUCCUUGUAGAAAUUUCAUGUGCUCAACCCGACUUUUGUGCUAAGUUCUCUCUGGGAACCAGACCAUUGCCCACUUUUUAGCAGUUUUUACACUGAUGCAGUUUGUAGAUAA